CUAAAUCGCUGGGGUUAAAUAAGAUUUAAUACGUAUAUGAAGACAGCAAAAUGAAAUUAUGGUCUAUAAGCAAUGCCAUAAAUGAAGUUAAUUUUGCAAAGAACUGCGAACCAGACAGCACCAAAAAAAAAAGAAAUAUAACAAAAAAUCUUAAGGUCUGGAGACAUGACGGAUGCAGCAGAAAGUGUGGUGGCGGGGGCGACGGAAGGGGAUCGGGGUGAGUUCAAAGACGCAUCCUUAGAAAGAGAGGCGCACGGGGAAGACAGCGAUUCUGCGAAAGAGCCCCAGCCCGAAGGCGAGGAAGAGGAGGGCACCUCCAGCGUCUACCGCUACAUCAAAGACGAGCUCUUCACCUCGGAGAUCUACAAGGUGGAGAUCCAGCACCUGCCCAGGUUCAUUGGCUUCAACGACCUGAAGAAGUUUCUGGCCAAGCACGGCCUGACGCCGCACAAGAUCAAGCUCUUGGGGCGACAGAACUUUGCCUUCGUCACCUUCAAGAGCCAGGAGGAGCGGGACAAGGCCAUGAAGGCUGUCCAUGGGCUGCUGUGGAAGGGCCGGGUUCUGAGCGUGCGGCUGGCCAAGCCCAAGGCGGACCCCAUCCUGAAGAAGAGGCAGCAGCAGCAGCUGGAGGAGCCCGAGGGAGGGCAGGUUCCUGCAAAGCGCCACAGGGGAGAGGAAGGGACAGAGGAGGAGGAGCCACUCAGUAAGCAGAUUGCAGAUGUGGUGACGCCACUCUGGAAUGUCCCUUAUGAAGAGCAGCUAAAGAGGAAAGAGCAGGAAAGUGAAGGAAUCCUGCAGAGACUGGCAAAAGAAAUCGGCAAUAAUAACAAAGCCAUGCUGCCUUGGCUAUUUGUUCAGAAGCAGAAGUACAAUAAAAUGUGUUGUCCGCUGGAGGCCAUUAGACCAUCUCCAGUCCAGACGGAAUAUCGCAACAAGUGUGAGUUUCUCAUUGGAGUGGGAGCGAACGGGCAGGAUAAGACGGUGGGGUUCCGGCUGGGCAAGUACAAGGGGGGCUCCUGUGCCGUCGUGGAGCCUUCGGACACUGUGCAUGUCCCCCCAGCAGCCAAGCAGGUGGUAAAGUGUUUCCAGAAUUACAUCAGGACUAGCCCCUUUCCUGUGUACAGCCCUGAAACGUACGAGGGUCACUGGAAACAGCUGACGGUGCGGACCAGCAGGACGGGUCAGAUCAUGGCAUUGGUGUAUUUUCACCCACAGAAACUACAAGAUGCAGAACUGGGUGACCUGAAGAACUCCCUGGAACAGUAUUUCAUGGAGGGAGAUGGUAAAGAGAGUGGGGUGAGCUCUCUGUACUUCGUGAGAGAGGGACAGAGAAAGUCUCCAAACCUUGAAGAUUUGCCCUUGGAACACAUAGCUGGAGAGAAGUGGAUACAUGAAGAGCUACUGGGUCUCAGGUUCCAGAUUUCACCUCACUCUUUCUUCCAGGUGAACACCCUGGCAGCAGAGGUGCUGUAUUCGGCCGUGGCUGACUGGGCACAGCUGGAUCAGGACAGCACAGUGCUGGAUGUGUGCUGUGGAACCGGCACCAUCGGGAUCUGUCUUGCCAAGAGUGUGAAGAAGGUGAUUGGAAUUGAGCUGUGUCAGGAAGCGGUAGAGGAUGCCAAGGUCAAUGCACAGAUCAAUGGUUUGAGCAAUAUAGAGUUUCACUGUGGAAAGGCAGAAGACAUAUUCCCCUCUAUACUCAAUUCUGUCAGCUCACAAAAUCUGUCUGCAAUUGUGGACCCUCCAAGAGCAGGACUUCAUUCCAAGGUCAUUCUGGCAAUCAGAAAAGCAGAACAUCUGAAAAGACUGAUCUAUGUGGCCUGCAAUGCCAAGGCAGCAAUGAGCAACUUCACUGAUCUUUGCCGAUCCCCUUCAAACCGUGUGAAAGGAUCUCCCUUCCGGCCCAUCAGAGCUAUGGCACUGGACUUGUUCCCUCAGACUAUGCACUGUGAGCUGCUUAUACUGUUUGAGAGGGUGGACUACAGUUCCAACAGUGGCUUGAGCAGACAAGAGGAGCCCCAGUCUGAACCUUCAGCUAACUAACCGGCCAAAACUUUCCUUACUGUUGCCUUACAAGGAAGGUGCUGCCAACGUCUAAUCUUGGCCAUCUUUUGGAGAAUUUUGAAAUGGCAAAUGUGUAUUCUUUUAAUUUUCCUGUUUUUUUUGUAAAUGAAUUUGUGCUGUCUUUGCAUAGCAAACCCAGCUCUUCCGAGUUUCGUUAUCAUGCAAAGAUGAUCGAGAACUAAAUCCCUAUCCCCUUCAGUCCUCAAGAACCACAGCUCCUUUAAAUCACUGACUUGCUCAAAAAUUUGCAACUGUCUUAUUCUUUAGAAAUGAAUGACCUAUAAAUCUUCCUUGAACAGGGUUCUCCGAGGUCAGCAUUAGAAAACCCAUUCCUGGCUGAUUUAAAUGUAUUUUAAAAGUACUAUUUUUUUUACCUUUUUUCUUUAUUUUCAUAAAUGAAGCAAUUGAACACAAUUCAGGCAUUUCCUGUUUUUGUUUGCUGGUUGUGUAUU